GUGCUGGUUACUUCCGGUUCCUCGGCUGUUUUUCUUGUGGGAGAAAGCAUCUGCUCUGCUGUGAUCCGGAUCCUGGCAGCCGGGACUAGAGAGGAGUCACACACCGGGGAACACAGCGUUCAACUUGUCCGUUACCGUGUUCACCUGUUCCCAAAACUGUGGAGAGAUGACCACCGGAGGGGCGGGUAGCUAGUUGACUGGAUACACCGACUAACACCGCCCUUCCUCUCGAUUAACAAAAGAACCAAGCGCAUCUUUUUUAUCUGCUGGAAGAGACUCACAGUUAGCAGCGAGCGGUGGCUAAUUGACAUUAGCUCCCCUUUCCAUAACACCAAGCCAUCGAUAUGUCAAAAUACACAAGCUUUCCAGAGCCAAUGGAGGACCCCAACCCUUUCCAGGACCCUGCAGUGACUCAACACAGCAGCAACACGGGUUAUGCCACACUGGACCUUUACAACCCGUUUGAUAACACUACUGGGCCUGGGCCUCCACCUCCGUAUGAAGCUACCUCUCCCUCUGCUCCACCUGUGCCGGCUCAGACUCCCCCCAGCAGGACGACGCCCACUGAGCCUCGCAACUAUGGCUCCUACACCUCCCAGACGGCAGUGAACGCGACCACAGCAGAGCUGCUGAGGAAGCAGGAGGAGCUGGAGAAGAAAGCUCGGGAGCUGGAGAGGAGAGAGCGGGAGCUCGAGUCACACGCCCUGGGACCCGGAGCCACCCGUCAGAAUAACUGGCCCCCGCUGCCAUCGUUCUGCCCUGUGGGCCCCUGCUUCUACCAGGACAUCAAUGUGGAGAUCAUGCAGCGCUUCCAGCGCACCGUCACCAUCAUGUACUACUUCUGGAUGUUCGGCACUUGCACACUGCUCUUCAACCUGGUCUCCUCCCUGGCCAUGUUCUGUGUGGACUCCUCGGGGGGAGUUGGCUUGGGACUAGCCAUCCUUUGGGCCCUCCUCUUUGCCCCAUGCUCAUUCGUCUGUUGGUACAGACCCAUGUACAAAGCAUUCAGGAGUGACAGCUCCUUCAAUUUCUUUGUCUUCUUCUUCAUUUUCUUCGCCCAAGUGGUCACCAACGUCAUCAUGACUAUUGGUAUCCCUGGAUGGGGUUUCAGCGGAUGGAUCGUGAGCCUGGCUGCUCUAAAGACCAGUGUCCCCGUUGGUGCGAUCAUGAUGAUGAAUGCCGUCUGCUUCACUGCCCAAACCGCCAUGGGGGUCGUCAUGCUGCAGAAGAUCCACAGUCAGUACAGGCAGACCGAUGCCAGCUUCCAGAAGGCCCAAGCCGAGUUCGCCACCGGUGUCAUGUCCAAUCAGGCGGUACGCCAGGCCGCCACCACAGCUGCAACCAGCGCUGCCCAGGGGGCCUUCAACGCACCUCGAUAGAGAGGCACGAGAGGGGCUGGGAGGGUGAGAAGGAGAGCCCUCUCAGCUCGAUAGAGGAUCUUUUUGGUAUUUAUUUCCCCACAGGUGAUUAGAAUUGGUCUGUAUAAUUACCCCUGAGCAUCUGGACUUCAGGGCUCAUGCAUGAGACAGGUGGGGUUCUCUAAGUUCAAAGGGUGUACAGGACAAGUUAGCUACAUUGCCAAACUAGGAGUCAACAAAUCAGAUUGUGUUGAUUGUUGGAACGGAAAGAUGUUACGAAAUGUGAAAAAAAAUAAAGGCUGAAGCUGUAUGAAACGUAAAUGCAGGGAACAUGCUUUCUUAUGGAAGGACCAGCUGUGUGCCAUGUAGGACAGUGUAAGCCUGGAUAGUUGCCAUUUUAAAUGACCUGGAUGUACAUUGUGUUUAGAAGGAGCCAUGUUUGAGUUGGAGCUGAACACUGAUAUGAUGCCAUUCUAACAACUAAUUUCUCUGUUGCUUAAGUGUAAAUUAACAUGUUUUGUUAUUAUUCCAAAUAAGAAUGCCUAUUUACCUGUUUGCCAAAUCCUGUCAUACUGGAAAGAUGAUGAACUUGUGUUGUUUUGGUUUAAAAAAUAUCUGUUACUGUUCUGUUGGUGCUGCUUGUGGUUUAACGAUUAUUAUUACAUGUUACUGUCUUGGUUUUAAUAAAAAUAUAUUGUCAUGCGUACUCAUAACAUACA